CACUAUCCUCGAAGCGGAAGUGUCGAUGACAGCUUCCUUGGCAACAAGAAGCUUGCUAGCUAGUGAAGUACUCAAGUGCACGUUUUGCGACAUAUUCAGUUAAAUGUCAGCGUCUAAUUGGUUUUAACGUUGUUUUAUUUCCAUCGUAUUCAUUAAUUCUGUUUGGACAAGGAAGGGCGACGACAUUCCAGCUCACUCUUACGUUAACAUAAGCUAACGAGCUAACGAGCUAACAAGCUAAGCGCUCGCACGGUCCAUCCAUGUCCCGCUGAGGAGAUGAACUCCCGCCGGUGGCGUCGCGCACUCUUCCUGUUUAUUACUGCGUGUGUACGUUUGGCUCACGCGGCCACAGAACCGGGGGUCUCUCCAACCACCGGCGUCGGCCCGACGAGUGGGCAGGCGUUCAUCUCUGCGACCCCUGCUCCUGGCGGGACACAGACCUCCUCCUCCUCCACCUCCACCGCCGGGACCACUGCGCUCACCGAAGCCCCCUCUGCAACCACCGGCGUCAGCCCGACGAGUGGGCAGGCGUUCAUCUCUGCGACCCCUGCUCCUGGCGGGACAGAGACCUCCUCCUCCUCCUCCACCACCAGUGUCGGGACCACGGAGGGGUCCGAGCCUCCCACUGCCCUCACCGAAGCCCCCUCUGCAACCACCGUCCAGCCCGUGUUGGCUCCAGAGGGUUGCCUUUGUGAUUUAACCCCCGGUUUCUGUGACAUUGGCUGUUGCUGUGACGUGGAGGAUUGCGGCGUUGCUAACUUGAGCACGGUUUUCACCGGAUGUCCUCAGAAGGCCAUAUCGGGAGUUUGCAUCGAGAAAUGGCUGAUGUUCAGGGCCAACGUGGAUUCAUCUCUCGUCACCGUGACUGACUCCUUGUUCUGUGUGCGCUCUGAAGAUGAUGCUCCCAAGUCUUUCCAAGCUCCAUAUCAUUACCCUGCUUUAGUGGAUUCAUACCACUUCUCACCACCAGCACCCACAAGCAUCAGCCACAGCAGAGCUUUCUACAGGGUUGAUGACGUCAUCCAGACAUCUUUCUCCAACUCCUCUGUACGGAGUCUCCUUCGUCAGCCGUCUCCAGGGGCUGCUGGAGCAUUUUGUAUCAACCGCAACCCUGCAAAGUUCUUGAGGUCUACAUCUCUGUCUUGCACCCGCACGGUGACUCCUCAGGCCUGUACCAUAGACCCGAGUCUCAACGCCCGCUCCUACUUCUCUGACUUUAGUCUGAUCCAGAUUCCAAUGGGCGAGACAGCUGAAGUUUUAGACUUUCUGAUCCCAGUGACACCGCUGUCUGAGUGGCCUGCACCAGGCCAACAAAACAACUCCUGUGUCAAUGUUGUGCAACAUGUGGAGUUUGUCAUAGGAUACACAGGCAGGGGAGAGAUCACGUAUGCAACUGUGAACAUAGUCUUGGCUGACGUUGAUCCAAAUCAGCUGCUUCUGCAGACGCACUCUGUGCAGUUCCGGCUAGCCACACCGAGCCCCACUCGAGGAGGAACGAUCCCUGCAGACGGACUCGGAGCAGGAUCUCCUGUUGUCGGUCGCUUAAAUGGAGAAGUGACGACUGUGACCAUGCUGAGAGCGUCGCAGAGCAGGGAGUGUUCCACUAAUUACAGCAAACGAGCACCCGUCCUCUUCAUGCACAACACCAUCACUGGCUGCACAUUCAGAUCCCCAUCGGGCAACUGUUCAGAGCUGCGGUCCCAGAUUUAUGGGAUGUUGCAGGGACUUGCAACUCCUGAUGAGAUUGCCAUGAACUCUGGCUCCCGACUGAGCUGGACGAGAGUAAUCACCCAAGAGUGUCCCGUCAGCCUGCAGGAUUCAUGCGAGUCUGGCUGCCUUCUCCCCAACUCUCUCUCUAUCCGAGUGUUAUGGGCUCGCCAGGGUCUCCUAGACCUUCCCCAGAACUACAUCCUUGGGGCCAAAUACCUUUUCAAGUGUCAAAAUUUCAAGUGCCCCUUGACGUCCCCCCUCGCUCUAACCACCGAAGUCACAUUUGCUGACACCUCAGUUUUCCCCGUACCCCCCAGGGGCCUACCUCAGCCUGACUGGAAGUUUCCCUUCGGUUUCUUCACUAGAGGCACUGCUGAGCUGGACGGGCACAUUGUUAUUAAUGGCAGUGACACUGAGAAGGUCACAUGGAGUUUAAUGCUGUUCACCGUCUUGUUGCUAACAGGAUUAGAAUUCCUCACAAGGUAGCCGGAUUUUGAAGGUAAAUGCAUUUAUUCAGGUUUUAUUUUAUUUUUAUUUUUUUUUACAAAUUAAUUAAUUAAAGAGCCAUCAUUAUUAAGUAAAAUCUGAAAGUAGUCCAUACUGCAUCAUCCCAAAAUACCUUAAUAUAUGUGUUGUGUACAUUUUCAGGAAUAAAUAUUUUUUUUACAAGACA